UGUCCUCGUUAAGAAAGGAUAUUCGUUACAUUGUUGUUAAGUUGUUAUUAUAAUUUCUCAAACAAACCAACCAACCAACCAAAGCAACCCAAAAGCAAACCGAAAGCCAACUGCUCGCUAAAGAGAAUUCAAAAUAUAAACCGAAAACGAAAAAAAAACGCAGAAUCUCUCGCCUUGCGUGCUGGGUGACUCUGCCUGGGAACAUAAUUCAAAAACCAAAUGAACUUUCCGAAAACAAAUUUCAUUGGUCUGUGAUAAGUGAAGGUCAAGCAAAAAGCAACAAGCAAAAAGAAAAUUUUUUAUGAAAACUAAAAAGCAACCACAAACGACACGAAGCGGAACAAACCACAGAAAAGGCAACAUUUUCCAAAUUAGCAAAAUUGUAGAAAUUAUUUAAUGCAUCAAAUCGUUUGCGCAUAAAACUCGACAGCAGCAGCGGCAACAGCAGCAGCAACAACAGUGCGGUUUCACACAAAAAGGCGGUCAUUAAAACAAAAAAAAAAAAAAAAGAACCAAAACCGAAAACCUAGCCAAAUUAUAACACAAUUUAUUUAUAUCAUCAACUGCAAGGCGGCAGAGCAGGCAGCAGGCACUUCAUUAAGCAUCAAAGCGAGCUGCGUGCAACCGCAAAACGUGCAAAUUCCGCACCGCAGCAGCAACUAGCAACAGCAGCCACUAGCAACACGCAACCCAGCAGGCUUCCAGUGCAACUGUAGGCCGGAAAAUGUUGGCUAUGCCCACGCUGAUGAUGCCAGCCACUGCACAGAUGACGCUGAGCGCCGCCCACGGAAAGUCCUACGAGACAAAGCUGCUGGCCAUCCACCAGACUCACCUGCAGCAGCAGCAGCAGCAGCAACAGGCACCCGCCCCCCAGCAGCAGCAGCAGCAGCAACAGCAGCAGUCGCUCAACGGCAAGCAGCAGGCGCAGCAGCAGCCGCAGCAAAUGACCAUCGUCACCACGCAGCAGCACCAGCAGCAGCAGCAUCCCCAGUCGCAGUCGCCGCACCAGCAGCAGUCUCAGCAGCAGGCCGCUGCUGCCGCCGCCGCAGCAGCCGCUGCAGCUGCCCAUCACCAGCAGCAGCAGGCGGUGGCUGCCGCCGUCUGUGCCGCCCAGCAGCAGGCGGUAGUGGUGCAGCAGCAGCAGCAGUACCAGAUCCACUCGCAGCAGCAGUCGCCGCAGCAGCAGGUGCUUAGCAUCUCUCCCAAGCAGGAACAAUUCCACAUCUUUGUCGGCGACUUGAGCUCAGAAAUUGAAACUCAGCAAUUGCGCGAAGCAUUCACACCAUUCGGCGAAAUCUCGGACUGCCGCGUGGUGCGCGAUCCACAAACCCUGAAGUCGAAGGGCUAUGGUUUUGUGUCCUUCAUCAAGAAAUCGGAAGCCGAGAGCGCCAUUACGGCCAUGAAUGGCCAGUGGCUUGGCUCCCGUUCAAUCCGCACGAAUUGGGCCACACGGAAACCGCCGGCGAGUAAAGAGAACAUCAAGCCGUUGACCUUCGACGAGGUCUACAAUCAGAGCAGUCCCUCCAAUUGCACCGUGUACGUGGGCGGCGUCAACAGCGCCCUCACCGCCCUCAGCGAGGAGGUGCUCCAGAAGACAUUCGCCCCCUACGGCGCGAUACAGGAGAUCCGCGUCUUCAAGGACAAGGGAUAUGCCUUCGUGCGCUUUUCCACCAAGGAAGCCGCCACUCACGCCAUCGUGGGCGUUCACAACACCGAGAUCAAUGCCCAGCCCGUGAAGUGCUCGUGGGGCAAGGAGAGCGGCGACCCCAACAACGCGCAGACCAUCGCCACCCAGGCGCUGAACAGUGCCGCCGCCGCUGCCGCUGGCUUCCCGUACGGAUUGGGUGCCACAGCCGCCGCUGCUGCCUAUGGCCAACAGCUGGCUGCCACGGGCUGCUGGUACUCGCCCACGCCCACCUACCAGGCCUCCUCGGCCACAGCGGCCGCUGUGACUCCGGCGGCGGCCAGUGCAGCCGCCGUGCAGAACCAGUUCCUGCAGGGCAUCCAGGGCUACCACUUUGGACAAUACGGCGGAUACCAGCAGGGUUACAUGGGCAUGGGAGUGCAGAUUCCGGCCACCUGGCAAGGCGUCACCCAGGCACAGAUCUCACCUGCCCAGCAGAUGGCAACGGGCGUGGCUGGGACCGCCAUUCCGCAGGCCGCCGGCGUAGUGGCCUAUCCGAUACAGCAGUUCCAAGUGAGCCCACAGGUUUAUCCUUUACUCUUGCAGGCACAGUAAACGCAAAAGCCAAAUACCGAAAUCCAAACCAAAAUUUUUAAGUACAGCUGCAAUUUUCUGAAACAGAAACAAAACCAAACCGAGCUGUAAAUACAAUGCGAUGCGCAGAACACAAAUUGCAAAACAAUUGAUGGCAACUCGAAGUUUGGCGAUUUUAGAGAGCUGCACCCCAGAAACAAGCAAAAGCAAAGCCAGGCAAAAGCAAAAGCAAAAGCAACAGCGAAUGCGAAACCCUAACCAAAGCUAAAUGAAAAUUACACAGCCACGACACACCCCAUAUUAAUAUAUAUAUAUACACACUAAUUAUAUAUCUAAAUAUAUAACUAGAGCAUAGAUAUCUGCGAGGCCGGACCAGGCAAACAAUUAUUAUGUAUAUGCAAAAAGCUAAGAAGCGAACAAAAUAUUUUAAACCCUAGUUGCUUACACCAAAACACAAGCACACAGACACAGACACAAACACCACCACCAGAACAUCGUCACACCGACAGCCCGCAAACAUAUUUUAAUGCUUUAUGUAAAUGUGUGGGAGCAUAACGCGUAUAAAAAAAUAAUAACAAUAAUUAAUUGAAGGCCAACAUGGCGUACACAAAUAAAAAAGGGGAAUACAAUUUGGUCCAGGGAGGACGCGAAUCGAGAGGGUUGUAGCAGCCUAAAUCAAACACUCACCCUCACACAUUCCUGCAGUCGCGUCAUUAAAUUAAAAUAAACAUAAUUAAAAAUGCGUUAAAAUUAAUUACGCGCUCGCACACACACAUGCGAAAAUAUUUGAGCUUGUGUGUGUGUGUGCGUGUGCGUCGGUAGACGGGCAAACAAACAGCUCUGCAGCCCCCCAUUAACCACUACCCCCUUCAUCCUUCUCACAGCAGGACCCGCAUCAUUUUGUAUUGCCUACUUUUGUGCGCUUUUUGGUUUUAGCUUAGCACACCCCCAACCACACACGCCGACACUCACAUAGCACUAGUGCCUAUAACUAUGAUAGAUGACGUGGAUAUUUUAGUGAAUAUAUCGCUUAGAAACAACUGCCAAAAUCGGGCCACUCGCCAUGUCCUGCUAUCAUUUCCUAUCGAAUGCAACUGAAAGUUCACGCACUCACACCGAUGCAACAAUCGUUCUUUGAUUUGUGAUCGAUCAGCAGUCGAAAAUCGAAACAGGUUCCUACACACGCACAGAAACACACGAACACAGUCUCAGUCUCACAGCACUCGCAGUUCGAACUUCAAAGUAUCUGAGUACAACUAUGAAAUACAAGUCCAGGAAGAUCAGAGUCCAGCCACCCUCUCUCUCUCCCCCAGCCUACUUGGCGGGAAUAAGCAGGACCUAGUGCAGGUGUUUAAUUUGCUUGAAACUCGCCUCCCCUUACACACAACAACCUAAAUUUUCGCAUCACUUUCAACAAGCCAAACGAGAGCCAUGUACAAAGCAGCCCCAGACGAUACCGCAAAAAUGUUUCAAAAAUAUUUCCCUCCAACAAAUAUAGCCCAGAAUAACCCCCUGCAAAAAUCUAAAAAACAACAACAAUCACUCUCGUUAUAACCACUGUACAUGAUGCGUUUAUGGUUUUAUUUCAGUUGCCAGAAGAGGAAUGGUUAGCUGCAAAUUUGUUGUGUUAGUUCACUGUUGUUUAGGCCAAACGAGAGCGAAAUCGAUACGAAAUCGAUAAAGACGGAAAUGCAUCCCAUACCAAACUGAAACCGAACCGAUAACCAAACAGAAUAUCCAAGUAGCUAAAAAUAUAUAUAAAUACGGUAACAUAUAGAGAGAGGUCAACUCCCCUACACAAGUAAAAUAUAUUGAAAACAAUCAAAGUAUGCCAUCGAAUGAUAUUAAUUGAUAUUAGCUAAUCGAGCAUAGCCGUAAUAAAGUAGAUAUUAUCGCCUAAUCAUAUAAGCCAAUAAACACACUUGCAGCCCAGCCAGAGACAGACAGUCUAACGAAUUACGUGUAUCCAGGAGGCAGUGAGAGCCAGGACCCUCGCAGACACACACGAAACUGACAACACAGACACAAUACCUAACGGCAAGCAUUAAUCAACUUAUAGACGACACACGCACACGGGGACACACGGAGAUCGAGCAGGAGCUAUCCGGGACACUCGAGGCCACAGACGGCAGAGUUUCGAGAGGCAGUAGCAGUACAUUAAUGUGAAACAUAAAAAUAGUCGUACGAGGAAUAAAACUAAAUGUAGAGUAUAUAUAAAUGUAAAGUGGUAAAGCAUAGACAUAGCGAUGGUUGAUAAGUACAUAGAGUAUACAGCGUAUGCAUUAAACGAACCUGCUUAUAUAACACUCACACACACACACAUACACUCGACGACCGUAUUGAUAGGAAAUACCCACACUCACACCUCUCAGAGACACUCACGCGCUGACACCGAGCGCAGGAGAAAAACUAAUGGGAGCAUCGUAUGGUAAAUUAUAUAUUAAUUGUAUAUUGUGUUGUCUGCGUUCGAUGAUAAAUCACAACUAGAUGUUCAAAAUGGAAGCCAAUCGAAGCGGGGGCAUCCACAAACAAACAAACAAAAGAAUACCCAAGUAAUGGAAAUAGCAAUACAAUACUCAUACGUAAUCGCAUUCGCAAUCGCCACUCGCAACCAGCAAAUCGCCCUCGUUCGAACCGGACAAUUAAGCCACAAAGGACGAAUACUUGAUUUGCAUUUGACACGCCCCAAUCCCCCGGCGACUGGCAGGCAGGCAGCGUGGAAUUUGUUAUGUCAUUUUUUAGUGGAAUUUUUUUGCAGCUAGCGGAGCCCAGCAUUUAGCUACGUGGGUGUGGCCCGAACACCAGUAAAAGUAAAUGUCUAUCGAUAAUACCCCCCCACACUGUGUUAGUUGGUAGAAUGCGCUCACUCAGUAUGAUCACCGAAUUUUAGCCAGGAUCAGAGGAUCACAGGACACGUACACAACCGUACAUACCCGUACCCAUAGCCGUAGUCAGUAGCGGCAGUCGUACUGUAUAUUUAAAUGUUUUUAGCACUAGAAUUUAGAGGAACUACGAGGCGCGAGGCAAGCGACUUAGAUGUAGAUGUGAUUUUAAAGAGGGCGGGAUUGGGUCAUCAUGAUGAUGCAAUUGAAGCUGACAAAUGCAUUUUGUGUUGUUAUUUUAUUUUCUAGAAAUUGUGUUAAGAGGGAGAAGGCGAGAACAAAAUUUGAAAUGUUGUUGACCAAACGAAAAAAAAAUAAGAAAGAAAAUAAUAAAACCAAAAUAAUAAACCGAAAACAGUUUUGCAGAAAACAAAAUUUUGGAUAGGAAAAAAAAGAAAAAACGAAGAAAAAACCGAACAUUUAUAAGAGAAACAGUUUAUAGUUAAGGCAAAGGAAAAAGAAAACAAAAAAAUAUUAUCGGUUUGUUUGUUAAUGUUUGCGCUACAUAUCAGUAAAGAGUUAAAAGGGGUAGUUGGCACGUAGAAAUAGUGAAGAGUUGGAAACUAAAUAAGAAUAAAACUGCGGAACGUGAAGAAUCUAACAAGCUGACAAAGACGACGAAGUAAAUAAUAUUAAAAUAUAAAGAAUAUAUGAUUAACAGCUGUAACUGUAUGUAUUUAUGUUGUGUAACUAAGCGAAAUGUGCUAAGUCAUUUAUAUGCGUCUAUAUAUAUAUAUAUACAAAGUAUUUAUACACAAGAAACCCACGCCACAGAAACAGCCGAGGAGCUAGCAACCCUGGUAGAAGCAUUCGGUCUUAAGGAAACCAAAAAUAAAACACUACGAGCGAUCUGUAGCUGCACUAUAAAGCCCGAUCGAUGAUAAUUAUUAUUAUUAUUACCACUCAGCAACUCAGGUUCUGUUCCGAUCAAACCAGUUAGAGUCCAUUUCCGCCAUUAGUCAAACAUAAUUCAAUUCCGCGUCGCUCGCUUUGAGUUACUAAUUUGGUUAGAGUUCAAAGCCGACCGCCACCACUGAAACGAUUGCAGUUAUUAACCAUAAACUACAAUUACCAAUUAGUCAAUUCAAAGUGUAAUUAACUGGUGUGCAGGAUACAGGAGCAGUUAGCUAAAUUUUACCACACGCAACGCGACAACGGUGGCACAUAGCAUUAAUUAAACCAGAAGAGAGACCGGAGCGAACGGAAAACAAAUUUUAACGAGAUCAAGUUGCAGCCAGGCGAAACCGAAAAUCAAUCAAAUAAAGUAUUAUCUAAGCUACAAAGGAGUACACAGAUUAUAUAUAUAUUCUAUACCGUAUAUAUUUACAUGCAGGCAGACCGACCCUCUAGGUAGAAUGGCAGUGCAUACUAUCCAUCUGAGUUCUGGGCGUGUUUCCAACUGGGGUUGGGAGCCACAGAUCAUCGGAACGGGGGAAGUAUAAUUUCCAGCGGGAAACCCAAUAUUAUUUGUAAAUCGAGCAGAGCAAAAUAUAAGCCAUUAAAGUAAAGUCCGAGUAAACUAGCCACGAGCACCGUUGGAACCAAGCAAAAUCCAUUUAAUCCAGGAUAUUUUUGUGUGCAAUAAACCAGACGGAUUGCAGGAGACGAGGGCAUGUUAUGCAAUUAAAAUUACACUAAGAUUGUAAACAAAUCAAAUGCAAAUGUAGAAAAAAUCAAACGAUGAGCAAACAACCAAAAGCUGCUAACAAAACAAACAUCAAAGGAAAAAUGAAAGCUAAAACCAGAAAAGUUUUGAAAGGCAUUCGACACGAGGACAGGACAACAUUCACACUGACACGCAGACACAGGCCACACAGGACACAGAGUAAACACACACUUACACACACACACACAUUGCAUAAAACAGAUAUCGAUAUAUAUAUACAGACGUAAAAUAUGAUAAGUAAAUAGCAAAUAACUAAAGUAAACAAAGUAUAGAUAUCGACUGCAGUAUUGCAAAUAUUUUGUAGAAAUUUAAGCAUGUUUGAGUGUGUUUUAGGACAAGGACUAGAAAACACAAAGACGAAAGGCAAACAGAAUGAAAAAAUCGAAAAACAUUGUAGCGGAAUGUGAGGGCCGAACAACAUAAACAAACAACCAAACAAACAAACAACAACCACAGCAAGAACAAAGCCGAAAAUUGAAAACCUAAUGCAUAAGCUAAGUAUUAAAUAUACACUAUAUAUAUAUACGUAUAUAUACAUAUAUAUAUAUAUAUAUAUACAUACAACUUAAAUACGGCAUCAGAAAUCACACAAAACAUACACCCAAACAAACGGCAUUUGCAUAAGAAAACACACACAAGUGAAACAACGUAACGAAUAUUAAAAGAGUUAAUCAAAUUAAGCAUAACAAAAAAAUUCAAAAGGAAAAUAUUUAUAGUUGAGAAACAAUGAAAUAAAAGCGAGGGGAAUUUGGUUGCGUAUUUGUAUACCAACGCACCAGAGAACUCCAACAAAAAAGCAAAAAAAAAAUACAGCUAGCUGCGAAAUGCAAGCGAAAUAUUAUACAACAAUGUCAGCGGAGCACAGUGGCCAGGACCUCCUCAUCGGGAUGAUCUCGAAGGAGGAGGAGCAGGGGAGCGGAUGCCACAAUAAGUAGGAAAGGUUUUAGAGCUAGACGCUGGGUUGCCCACUGUUGAAGGAAGCGGAGUGCAUAGAGAAAUUAUACUUAGGUGACACGGCAGAGAAAACAAAAUGAAAAACAAAACAAAAACACAAAAAUAAUACAGAGACAAGAGUGUAAUAACAGACAAGAGCAAAAACAAGCAAGAUGGAAAAACAAAGAACAACUGCAACACAGAAAUGAUGAAAAUAAGUAAAUAUACCGAAUAAACAACAAAAAUU